UAUAAAAGUCUUAAGAUGCACGGCGAAAUAUUCCUUACCUUAAUGAUCAUUGCAGUCUCUUGUGGUGUAUCACGGGGAUCUCCCUUGCAUUGCGAUCUUGGAAUGGAUUAUUGGUGUCUCUCAGAAGUUACUGCUCGAGAAUGCAGAAAAGAAUCGUUUUGCGGCAUAAUUCAGGAGGCGUGGAAUUUUACGUCGACGACAUCGAGUACAACUUCUCAACCAACAUCUACUGCACAUUCCCUGAAGAUCGGGUGGCCUUAUGUUACUCCUGCACCAGGUCGUUAUACCGGUCUAUAUCCAAGUGGUAUUUUCGGAAAAUAAACAUCAAUACGAGUGGAUAAUUUAUUUUUGUUAUCAAGCUAUGUAAUUCU